UAACCGCAGCAGCAGCAGCAGUGUGUUUCCAGCAGCUCCAGUUUUCCGCGGACACGAGGACGAGGAUUUAUUUCGCAGACUCCAGAAAACACGCAGACUCGUCUCCGCUGGAGGAACAUCUCACCUCCGGAUACACACACACCCCCCCCUCACACGCUGUGUACAGGCAGCUGAUUGGACCCGGGUGUGAGCGGUGACCAUGGGCGAGCAGAGGUCCGUCCAACCCGUCCUGCUCCUGCUGCUGCUCCCGCUGCUGCUCGCCAGGCUGUCGCAGCUGUGGGCGUUUCCCUUCAGCCCGUCGCUGGACCUGGACGUCACGCCCAGGACAACGGUCUUCUCCAAAGGUCUGCUGGGCAGCGCUCGCUUCAACGGCUCUUCCAGGAACUACAGCACCCUCCUGCUGGAGGAGGAGGCCGGGCGGCUGUACGUGGGCGGGAGAGGAGCGCUGUACGCACUCAACACCUCCGACAUCGCCACGCCUGGAAACCUCACGAUUGAUUGGGACGCCUCCCCUGAGCAGAAGAAGAUGUGUCUGAACAAAGGAAGAGACAAUCAGACGGAGUGUUUCAAUCACAUCCGCUUCCUGCAGCGCUUCAACGAGACGCACCUCUACGCCUGCGGAACCAACGCCUUCAGGCCGCUCUGCGCUUAUAUAGACGCGGAUCGGUUCGGCUUCUCCUCGGGCUUCGAGGAGGGAAGAGACCGGUGUCCCUACGACCCGGCGAAGGGCUACACCGGCCUCCUGCUGGACGGAGAGAUGUUCACGGCGUCUCAGUACGAGUUCCGCAGCUCGCCAGACGUGCGCAGGAACUUCCCCUUCCCCACGCUCCGGACCGAGGAGGCGCCGACCCAGUGGCUUCUGGAGGCGGACUUCGUGGGCUCGGUGCUGCUGAAGGAAAGCAUCAACAGCUCCAUCGGGGACGACGACAAGAUUUACUUCUUCUUCACGGAGCGGAGCCAGGAGCAGGCGUCCUACCCGAGCCAGACCAAGGUGUCCCGGGUCGCCCGAGUCUGCAAGACGGACUGGGGGGGCCAGCGGACCCUGCAGAGGAAGUGGACCUCCUUCCUCAAGGCCAGGAUGGUUUGUUCCGUCCCAGAAUACGAGCUGCACCUCAACAUCCUGCGCAGCGUGUUCGUGCUGCAGGGGCGGGACGCGCAGAGCAGCAUCUUCUACGGCAUCUUCGGCCUCGAGUGGAAGAACAUCAAGGCCUCAGCGAUCUGCCAGUACGCCUUCUCCGACGUGCAGAGGGUCUUCGAGGGGCCGUACAUGGAGGUGCAGGACUCCAAGUGGAGGGAGUUCACCGGGAAGGUGCCGGAGCCGAGACCUGGAUCUUGUAUAACAGAUCGGCACCGGUCCCAGGGCAUCAACUCCUCUCGUGACCUCCCAGACAAUGUGCUCACCUUCGCCAGGAGGCAUCCGCUCAUGGCCGGCCAGGUGCACCCGGUGGGAGUGCGCCCCCUGUUGUUCAAGAGGAGCGUCAACUAUGUCAAGAUCGUCGUGCACAGGGAGCCGGGGCUGGAUGGGAACAUUUACACCGUCCUGUUUCUGGGAACUGAUGACGGCUGGCUGCACAGAGCCGUGGACAUCGAAGGAGAAAUGCACAUCAUAGAGGAGCUGCAGCUGUUUGACAAACCUCAGCCCGUAGAGAGUCUGGUCAUCUCCUCGGCUCUGCGGAGCGUCUACGCUGGCUCACACUCUGGAGUCGUGCAGGUCCCGAUGUCGGCGUGUCGGAGAUACACUUCCUGUUACGACUGCGUGUUCGCCAGAGACCCGUUCUGCGGCUGGGACGGGGGGGCGUGCGUAGAAAUAUCCUCCAGUGCACAGAGGUCAAACAUAACUCAGGAUAUUCUGAGAGGGACCAGAGGCUGCAAGGAGAACUCAGGAAACGUCGUCCAUCGGCGGCGUGCUGUGAUGUCGGGCGAUGACGUGCUGCUGCAGUGUGAACUUCGCUCCAACCUGGCGACGCCACGCUGGACGCUGAACGGCAAAGACCUCCAGGGCUUCGACCUGACCUCGGGCUACCGCAUCGGCACGGACGGCCUCCUCAUCAUCGGCGCCCGGCUCCGGCAGAGCGGCUCCUACCGCUGCUUCGCCGUGGAGAACUCGGUCUCCGUGCUGGUUUACCUCUACACCGUCCGGGUGCACACGGACCCGUUCUACCCGGUGGAGCCCACCGCCACCACCACCACCAGCCCCCCCACGGCGUCCGGCCCAGCUGUGGUCUCCACCGGCGGCCCCACCGAGCGGCCCCUGCCCUCCCCCCCCGCCCCGCUGCCUCCGGGACCCGAGUUCCAGACCUACCGACACAUGGAGGCGGUGUACAUCUCCCUGGUGGCCGUGCUGGGGGGGCUGUGCCUGGUGCUGAGCGUGGUGCUGCUCUACGUCAGCUUCUGCACCAGGCGGGCCUCUCGGGACGCCAAGUUCUCCCAGCAGGGCCUGCGGGUCCUGGGCGAGUCCGGGAGGAAGAGGAGGAGCUCGCUGUUCGAACUGACCACCGUCUCCAGCCACUGCAACGGGCGCCAGGCGCGGCACUCCAUGUCCGUGCCCAACUUCGCGGACAUGGCCGACGGUUUCCUCCAGAUCGUUCCGGGUCAGGGCAACAUGUCGCCGAGCAAAACGCCUCCGCCGGCCCCUCCCCUUCCGAUGCCGCCUCCCCUUCCCAACAUGGACUACGCCAACGGGCUGUCGGCCACGCUGCCCAGCGUGCUGAGGAAGAUGAACGGGAACAGCUACGUGCUGCUGCGGCAGGCCGACCACGAGGGCACGUCGCCGCUCUACCACUCCUUCACCGAGGAGCUCAACAGGAUCCUGGAGCAGAGGAAGCACACGCAGCUGGACCUGCAGCCGGACGAGAGCUCCAUCUAGGACCUUCCCUCUCAGACUUUGUCCCAUAAAGUUAUUUAUUUUGACCCCAGCUGUGACCCGUAGUCGUGGGCAGAACGGAAACGCUGCUGUCGGAAUCCCUGGUCUGACAUGUUCAGCCUCCUGCGACACAUGGUCCACGAUUCCACUUCAACAAUGGACAACAUUAACCAGAGAUUGAUAUUCGAUUCGGCCAAAGACGAAAAAACACAAGAACAAACCAUGAGGAGGAGACGUGAUGCUCCUGGGUUGGAUCACAACGAAGGCAAAGCUGCGAAAUGGGUUAAAAAAUACAGAAGCUCAGGAGGCGAUUCUGUGUCUUUGCGCCGGGGGGGGAAGUGCUGAGUAACGUUAACCCUCUGUGGAGCGUGAGGUCACUUCCUCUCGGCGUGCCUGACUCCGUGUGUCGCAAUGAGCUCGUUCCUGUUUUUGUCCACAGCGUCGUUGUGGUUCCUCUGUUCCGGAAGAAGAAAGGUUUGACUCGUCUGUAGUCGCAGGACUGGACUCAGAUUCUCAGAUUCUCCUUCUCGUCCGAUUGGUCGUAAUAACUGGAUCGAGCUGGAUUCUUUGCCCCUGGAUGUCGGACCUCCAGGUUUUUUCUAUGUGUAAGAAUGAUGAAUGGCAACGUGUACGAACUGUUACACAAUCCAAAACAAGAAACACGACAUUAUCGGCUAUCGAGGAGAGCUAGCCCCAGCUCGCCACAUCCGACCACAGAGCUGACACCUUAGAAAUGCACUAAUCUCUGAAGACUACUGGACAACUGAAAGGCAGACGGCGUUCUGAAGAGCACGCGGAAAAGACAACAGCAAAUUAACAUACACGAAAAUAUGACAAAUCAAACUCACACGACGCCGGUUAACAAAGCGGUAAAUCCCUUCUGCAAAUCGUCCAAUCAGCAUCAAUCCUUUUCACUAACGGCUACACAGAGGUUAAUAGUGUGUUUUUGGAUGUGAACUCGACUAAUUGUCCGAUAAUGAGCUUCGUUUUUCUGUGAAAGCGUCAAAAACCAGAGUGAAAUAAAGCUUUUAUCUGGAGCUUCACUUUAAGAAGACAGUUCUGUUAACGUUUAUUUUCUAAACCACUCUUUUCUCGUCUUUUACUCGUGUAAAUAUCAAUAUUCACAUCAACAUAAACUUUAACUUUUAGUGAAUGAUUCUGGAAGAGUUUAAAGUCUGGAACCAGGACGAGCGGCUACAAGAUGAAUCGUGACCAUAAAAACAUUUGAUUUAGAGCAAAUGGAAAAAAAAGGCAAAGGUACAAGACUGUGAACUUAAUCAUUUAAAGAGUGAAAGAACUACGCUUCCCAUAAACCAUCGUGAUCAACUUCCACUGCUUCUCCUCCUGAGAUGGAAAGAUGACACUUAUAUUUCGAAGCACUGGAUUCUUUUAGAACAUAAUGUGACAACAAAGAAGAUAAAUAUACAGAAAAGGUAAACGACAGAUCUAUUUGUCCUCCGCCCCGGUGGGAAGUUUCCCAGCCAGCAAAUCCAGCAACCUUCACAAAAGCCUCCUCAGUGUUUACCUGACAUCAGAGCAAUGUUAAAACAACACAAACUGCCGAGCGGACAGUUUUCCUCUGGCAGGAUAAACAGCGGGAUGAUGAAAUACGGGCAGAACGUGGAGAGAAGUGGCUGAAGUGAACCUCGGGUGUAAUUUGUAAACGUGUCACGGCCAAAUGAAGAUGGUGAAGGUGGUCCGUGCAGGUCGAGGCGGACGGGAAACACUUGACCUUCAUGUCCCCGGUGGAGACGUGAGGGAAAUCAGGAUGAUGAAGAUGAAACGAGGCAGAUUUCUGAGAUCCUCUCGUGUUUUUUUCUUGAAAGACAUUUUGUUAUGAACCUGGACAGAAUCAUAACGGAAUCAUAACGGAAUCAUAACGGAGGAGAUGCACUCGGGGGGGUACAUGUGCUGGUGAGGAUUGAGAAGCCUCACAGGCCUCAUCUUGAGUUCUGGUGGUUUGAAUCAACUGAAGCAGCCGGCUGGAUGAGAGGUGAAAAGUGUCCAUCAGCCCUCGAUUCAGCUUUUCUUUAAUACAGAUACACAUUUAUGAUUAUUCAAAAGUUUGCUCCUCUGUUUGUACAGUUAGCUCUUCGUUGCCCAGCUGGUUUGAACUCAAACUCUAACCACGAUGUUUCACAAACAUCAGUCGCUCCUUUCAACAAAUCCAUCAAAGUUCUGAUUGAGGAUUUGUUUUUUCCACAUUUUCCUCGAUUUUCUAAAUGAAUAAUUGAAGAAAAAAAAUCUGACAAAUUUAAGGGGACUGAUAUUUAUGAGUGUUUGAGAAUCCUAAUAAGAAUCUGGAUCCAGUGAAUUCCAUAAGCAAAUAUGCAUUUUACUGAGUAUUUGUUUGUUUGGUGCAUUAUUUGAACGUGUAACAGAGGAUUUAGUAGAAAUAGAUAUUCUUUAAAAGAUUAAUUAGCUUAGCUUUCUUGCCCGACACUUUCACCUGCUCUACGCGUCCUGGUUGUUCAUGCAUGGUCGCAUGUUUUCAGCUUUCUUCUCGUCCUCCUCUUCAUCCUCCUCUUCAUCCUCCUCUUCAUUCCUCCUCUUCAUUCCUCCUCUCUCUCCCUGUCCCCUGCCUCCUUUGUCUCCACCGUCUUAUCACCUCUGCACCACAGCAUCAUCUGCUGCUCACAUGUUCUCUCUCUCUCUCUCUCUCUCUCUCUCUCUCUCUCUCUCUCUCUCUCUCUCUCUCUCUCUCUUCCUCCCUCCCUCCCUCCCUCUCUCUCUCUCUCUCUCUCUCUCCCUCACACACCUGUGUGAGUGCCAGUCGAUGCUUCUCUCCCUCUCCUCUCUCCUCCUGCUCUCCCUCUUCUCUCCCUCGCCUCACUCCUCUUCACUCCUGCUUCUCUCCCUCUUCUAUCCCUCUCUCUCUCUC